GAAGAAUUUGGAGAGGAAUCAGUGCAACCCAAAGUCUACGGGAUCUUGGGGUGCACGCACAAACACACACGGGAUGCUGGGCCCCGCCCUCCUCGUCCUUCUCUGCAGCUUCAGAGGACUUGCAGGCCCAUUGCCCCAUUUUCUGCAACAACCAGAGGACAUGGUGGUGCUGCUGGGGGCGGAAGCCCGGCUGCCCUGCGCUCUGGGAGCAUACCGGGGGCUCGUGCAGUGGACUAAGGAUGGGUUGGCUCUAGGGGGCGAAAGAGACCUUCCAGGGUGGUCCCGGUACUGGAUAUCAGGGAAUACAGCCAGUGGCCAGCAUGACCUCCACAUUAAACCUGUGGAACUGGAAGACGAAGCAUCAUAUGAGUGUCAGGCUUCACAAGCGGGCCUCCGAUCACGACCUGCCCAACUGCGUGUGAUGGUCCCCCCAGAAGCCCCCCAGAUACUAGGCGGCCCCUCUGUGUCUCUGGUUGCUGGAGUUCCUGGGAAUCUGACUUGUCGGAGUCGAGGGGAUGCCCAACCUGCCCCUGAACUGCUGUGGUUCAGAGAUGGGAUCCGGCUGGAUGGAGCCACCUUCCACCAGACCACGCUGAAGGACAAGACCACUGGGGCAGUGGAAAACACCUUAUUCCUGACCCCUUCCAGUCACGAGGAUGGAGCCACCUUGAUCUGCAGAGCCCGGAGCCAGGUCCUGCCCACAGGGAAGGACACAGCGGUUACAUUAAUCCUGCAGUAUCCCCCCGUGGUGACUCUGUCUGCUGAGCCCCAGACUGUGCAGGAGGGAGAGAAGGCGACUUUCCUGUGUCACGCCACUGCCCACCCUCCUGUCACCGGCUACAGGUGGGCGAAAGGGGGAUCCCCGGUGCUCGGGGCACGUGGGCCAAGGUUGGAGGUCGUAGCAGACGCUACGUUCUUGACUGAGCCAGUGUCCUGCGAAGUCAGCAACGCGGUGGGAAGCGCCAACCGAAGCACUGCGCUGGAAGUGCUGUAUGGACCUAUUCUGCCGGCAAAACCGAAGCCCGUGUCCGUGGACGUGGGGAAAGACGCCUCCUUCAGCUGCGCCUGGCGAGGGAACCCACUUCCACGGAUUACCUGGACGCGCCUCGGUAGUUCUCAGGUGCUGAGCUCGGGGCCCACGUUGCGUCUUCCAUCCGUGGCGUUGGAGGAUGCGGGUGACUAUGUGUGUAGGGCUGAGCCUCGGCGCUCGGGUUUAGGAGGCGGCACGGCGCUGGCGAGGUUGACGGUGAACGCUCCCCCGGUAGUGAAGGCCCUGAUUCCUGCGCCUGCCUUCCUGAGGGGCCCUGCUCGACUCCAAUGUGUGGUGUUUGCUUCCCCUGCCCCGGACUCCGUGGUUUGGUCUUGGGACGAGGGCUUCCUGGAGGCAGGUUCACUAGGCAGAUUCCUGGUGGAGACCUUCUCAGCCCCUGAAGAGGAGGGAGGACAGGGCCCAGGCCUUAUUUCUGUGUUACACAUUUCCGGGACCCAGGAAUCCGACUUUACCAGGGGUUUUAACUGCAGUGCCAGGAACCGGCUGGGUGAGGGACGAACCCAGGUCCACCUGGGUCGUAGAGACCUGCUGCCCACUGUUCGGAUUGUGGCUGGAGCAGUCUCUGCAGCCACCGCUCUCUUUAUGGUCAUCACUGGAGUGAUUCUCUGCUGCUGGCGCCAAGGCAAGGCCUCAGGCUCUUUCUCCAAGCAAAAGAACUUGGUCCGGAUCCCAGGAAGCAGUGAUGGCUCCAGCUCACGUGGCCCUGAGGAGGAAGCAGGUGGCAGUGAGGAACGGGGUCCCAUUGUGCACCCUGACCACGGUGACUUGAUCCUUGAUGAGAAGGAGGCUCUGGAGGCAGCGGAUCCAACCAACGGUUACUACAAGGUUCGAGGAGUCAGUGUGAGUCUUAGCCUUGGGGAAGCCCCCGGAGGAGGCCUCUUCUUGCCACCCCCCUCUCCAAUUGGAUUUCCAGGAACUCCUACUUACUAUGACUUCAAGCCACACCUGGACUUAGUACCUCCCUGCAGACUGUACAGAGCGCGGGCCGGUUAUCUCACCACACCCCAUCCUCGUGCUUUCACAAGCUAUAUGAAACCCACAUCCUUUGGAUCCACAGAUUUGAGCUCUGGGACUCCCCCGUUCCCCUACGCUACCUUGUCUCCACCCAGCCACCAGCGUCUCCAGACUCACGUGUGA